CCGGAAGUGGCUUAAGGGACUUGGAAACAUGGCUGUGCAAAGCUGGAUCGAUAUUGUUAAAUCGUCAAAGAAAACGGCGUUAAUUCACGACGGUAAAAGGAAAAUCCACUACCACUUUAAAGAUGGAAAAGAAAUGGCAGAAGAGUAUGACCUGAAGACAGAUGAGCUCAUUGUACGAAAAUGGCGCCAUAAAAGCACCCUUGGAGUUCAAGGCUGUUGGCAAGUAGAAGUUGGGGAGCCUCUUGUCAGUACGACUGCAUCUUUGGACUCUGAUGUGAUCAAAGAAAACUGUUGCAAUCCAGUGUUCGUACGUAAAGACACAAAGAUCAACUUUCAGUGGAGAAUCCGUAACCUUCCUUACCCCAAAGAUGUCUUCAGUGUUUUAGUAGAGCCACCUGAGAGAUGCAUCAUCAUAAAAACGUCAAAUAAAAAGUAUUACAAGAAGUUCAGUAUCCCUGACCUCGAUCGAAGUCAGCUGCCCCUGGACAGCUCAGCACUCAGCUUCACACAUGCCAACAACACUUUAAUUGUCAGUUACAAGAAACCCAAAGAGAUCUUAACCUUUGAGCAGGAGUUACUGAAGGAACUGAAGAAACUGAAGGGGACCGCUGAAGGGGAUGUCGACUGCAAAACCCAGUAAAUCAAGACUGGGAGAGAAAAGAAAUAAUACUGAGUCGUGUUUAAAGCAGAGUCUAGCUGCAUCAUUUUCCAUUAAUGUGGCCGCUUGUUUACUUUCCUAAAGUGGAUCCCAUCAUUGGGAUGGAAGUGCCUUGUUCCUGGUUUAAUUUCUCCAUUUACUGGAAUUUUUAAUGUUCAAAUGUGUCAUUUCCACCAGAUGUAGACACUGAUAAAGUAAUGUCAUAGGCAUGUUAAAAUCUUUCAGUUAAAUUUUUAACUUAAUAAAUGUUUGUUCCUUUUCAAAUGAUGUAUUUUGAAGAAAUUAAAUAAAUUAAUACAUUUUG